UAAAAUAAUAAUCAUUUAUAAAAAAGAUAUUGGUCAAAUCCAAAAGAUCGUAUAUAAAUCUUUGUAUACAAACACGUUCCAAAUACACACACAUAUUCACUCAAGAGUGCUACUACUCCAAAGUAAAGUAAGACAAAAAACAUGCCAAUCACCAGCAACACCUCCCAAAGCUUCAGCAGCUUCGUCAACGGUUGGCUAAUUCGUCACAGGUAUUUCGUCGAACAGCUUACGUGCGCUUCCUCCUUGGCUCUCGAACAUCAACAACAGUCUCUCGUCUCCCACUUCCUCUCCCACUGUCUCCAAUACUACCAAGCGAAAUCCUCCGCCGUCUCCCUCGCCGGCGACAACGUCUUCACCUUCUUCUCCCCUCCUUACUUCACCCCCUACGCCAGGCUCAUCCUCUGGGUCGGCGAUUUCAAGCCUUCCCUCGUCUUCAAACUCACUGACUCCUCCGUGGACGACCUCACGCGCCACCAGAGGGACCGGAUCUCGAGUCUCCGGGUGGAGACGAGGAGGAGGGAGAAGGACGUGAUGAGGGACUUCGCGCUCGUGCAGCAGAGCGUGGCGGAUCCGCCGGUGAUGCUGGCGGCGAGGAGGGUCGGGGCGAGGGGGAUGGUGGACGGGGAGGAGUCGGAUUUGGAGGAGGCGAUGGAGGUGCUUAAGAGCGGGAUGGUGAGGGCGAUGAACGACGCGGAUGAGUUGAGGUGUUCGACGGUGGGGAAAGUGGUGGAGAUUCUUAAUCCGGCUCAGGCGGUUAAGGUGUUGAGAACCAUCGGUGAGCUUCAUCUUCGGUUGAGGGAGUUAGUUGGUUUGGAGAGAGACGAUGAAUGAGUUUGUUUUGCUUCUUGUUCCGACCAAACCAAACAUUGGAGUUCAUUAAUUUUUCAAUUUGGUUCUGUUUUUUUUUUUUUAUUUUGAUCUUCUUACAAGAUUUUGAAGUUUGGGGCAUUUUGUUGUGGUGAUUAAGUGAAGUGUUGUUGUAAUGUUUUAGGUCAGCCGUUGACUCUUUAUCGGCUGCUGCCCAGUUCCCACAGCAGUUGACUGGUGAGGAAAGUCAAUUUGAUGGGAUUUUUUCAUAAGCCUGUCAAAAUGAACUGACAGUGCUCAUUAUCCACACACGCAAAACAAUGUUUUUGGCAUUGAUGUGUAACACACAAAGUCACAAAUAAUAAUGAUGUAAAAGUCUAAGCAGAAUGGAUAGGAAUACAACAACUAGUAAACCAGUACUUCAAUAUAUCUCUGGAU